CUUCAAAUUCUGGCCAUUGCAUCGUGUAGUCAUCGGUCGGCAUCCCACCGGCAUCCCACGGAACCACACAACAUUAAUUCCACUUCAAAGAAUCUAAGCAAUUCAGAUUUUAAGACAGGUGAAACACAGAAUACGAAUAUAUGAAAUAACAUUCCUGAUGCCUGAUCGAAAAUAUCAAUGUCAUUUCCCUGGCUGUAGUCUGCGCUACAGCCGCAAAGAACACCUGAAUCGCCACGCAGCCCAGCAUUGCCGCAUGUUUCCGUGCAGCCACUGUGCCUCGACGUUUAGAAGGAGUGACACGCUGCGAAGACAUAUGCACCAUCAUCACCCGGAUGUGGAAUGCAAUUUAUCUCGAAGACCAAAAGCCUGCAAUGGCUGCAAUUCCCGCAAGUCUCGCUGCACCGGAGGGAUUCCUUGUGAUCGUUGCAGAGAGAGGCAGAUACGCUGCUCUCUAGAGAGUCAUUCUCCAGAUAUUCCAGACGAACAGAUGUCAAUUGAACAGCCCAGUCAUGACCUGUCGAAUACGCAACACUACAUCGACAUAUAUUUUAAUCAGUUCCACCCAGCAUGGCCAAUCCUGCACAGAGGAUCAUUUGACAAAGACAAUGAACCGGCCCUGCUGGUACAGACAGUCUACAUGAUUGGCCUAUGGCUCAGUGGUGAUGCAGUCGCCAAAGACGCAGCGAAGAGCCUUCAUCAGAGACAUCGUGUGUUGAUUGAGCAGCAUAGAGAUCAAUGGGACACGUCGUAUACAGAAAGUGAUCGAAUUAUAUCUCCAUGGCCAACUGCCACUUACCAGGCAAUUCUUCUGCACAUCAUCUUCUCCUUAAUUACUCGGAAACAAUCAUCUGUCGGCAUCGAUCUGAAGCUGGAGAUUCCAGCAAGCGACUAUCACCUCCUGUAUGCCCUUGUAAAAACCUGCAUUAAACAGGGCAUGUUCUGCUAUGCCGAUAUCCUGGCACAAUCCAGCGAUACUGCUCCAAUUGUUUGUGUGUGGGUGGCAGUGGAGGAGACCAAACGGUUUUCCAUGGCUCUAUACAAAGUCUGCAAGAGCUGCGAGGUUUGUCCAGUCUUGGAUGACCAUCAAGUACAGCCUCACGAUCUUCUGACACUGGGGAAUUUACACUUUACACUGCCAGACGACGACUAUCUAUGGGAUGCCGGGACGAAUGAAGAGCUGACGGAUCGCCUUGCAGAGCAGGCACGAGACAGAGGGCAGACUAGCAACAGGGAGGGAGACUGGAUUUCCAGCUGUAAGGACACUGUCCUGUCCUCAAAGGUCAAGUUUGAUUGGAUUUGAUAGGAAUAUUGGAUCAUGUAAAGCAUAUUGAGAAUAUCAGACUGUAACCUCAUCUUCUCCAUAUGGAAGACCGACAUCCGCUCCGUUGGCCAAAAUGGAAAUCAUUGAAUACAGACCUGCAAAGUAGAUGACAGACAGAGUCUGUUCCUUGCCGAGCAGGUGGACAGCUUCGUUGAAUGUCUCGUCGGAAAGAGGUCCACGAGUGACUUGAAGCUCUUGAAGAAUAUCGAAUGUAAUUUCUUCAUUCUUCUUCAGAUCAACAGGCCUCUCCC